AUGCGCAUUAUACGCGUCGUGCGUCUCGACGCGUCUCGUCAACGUCUCAUACUCACACUCUUUAGCAUAAAUUCUACUAUGGGCUCGUUACAAUGGCACAUGCAUACCUUCGGGUCCUCGGAUGACGUGUCCGAUGACUGUAGUGACUGGGACUCAGAUACGAGUUCCAGUUCACGUCAGACGAACUUAGACUUACGACGUUCACGUCGUUCUGUUUCUAUCGACUCUACCGAUUCAUUUGGGCCUGUGUACCCCUUGGACGCCUUCCUAGAGUCGGUAGUUGCACCAGAAGAUCUGCCAGACGCUUAUGAGUUAGCAAUAACCCCUGAUGACUUUGUUUGUUCAGACUCGGACGACCCUGAAUCAGAACCGGAAAUGGAAUAUGACAACGACGAACUCCUUAUAUUAAAUACCCCCGACGCGCUCUAUCAGCUGUAUCGCAAGGACAAGCUACAAGUCCGGAUUAACGCCUCCAAGCGGUGGGAACUUCUGUGUCCGGACUGCGCAGAGUGGUGUCAGACUGGCAUACACUCUGGUAUUGACUUAUGGAUCCCAGGACAAUUCGUGUCCCUGAGCAAUCAUCGGGGGAGUCGGAAAUGCCAUCAGAAGGCAGCUCAGAAACAGCUGCGCGCGCCUGAGAAAGACAACAACAUGUGUAACGUACCGGCAACAUGUUCCUCCCAGCUAGUUACCUCAAAUGACACGAGGGUAUUACGGUUUGCUGCUGCUCCUACUCAUUGUGCUGGUCUUGCUGUCGUCUGGCCCGAUGACCUUUGGCCAUUCACAAUGCUUUUUCCUUGGGAACGAUAUCAUGAGGGUCCGGACUCCUUACCUUUCCUCGUCGACCUCAGCAUUCCCAGCAAACCUCGAGCGUAUUCCAAGCACUGCAAGCUGGUCACUUCUCUUGAGGGUGUUCCAUGUGAUGAGUGUGCUGAAAUCUCACAGCACAUCACACACCUUGCAGACGCUGCACGCAACCCCAAAUCACACACCAAUUACCACUUCCUAGGCCUUGCGCACAUGCAAGAUCUCGCCAAAGGCUAUGCCGAUCAAACAAGGCAAUUGAAACUUCAGGGACUCAAUGAUUCACGCAAACACAUGACCUCACUCACCCAACUUGAUGAUUAUCAUCGUCUUCUCAUGGCCAUCUCUGAGAAAGACAUCCCUCGGCUUCACCAGGUCGUCAAUGUGGCGUUACGCAAUGGCACCAGCAUCCGGGAGAUAGUCAACAAGCUUGAGGACGCGCUCGAGGGCGUAUAUCCUCCACGAGGCUACGGGGCCAAUGACUUGGACAUAGCGACGUUAGUCUUGCAAAUUGGUGGCCAUCAGCUUCUCUUCGUGCUCAACCAAGGUCUUGGUCUCCCCUCCAUCCGCACUCUUCGCACUAGGUCCACCUUUACCACACUCACUCCGACCAUCGGGCCUAUCCGUGAUGACCAGUUCGAUGCGAACAUUCAUUCUGUAGUUCUAAGCUCUCGUACUGAUAUCGCGACCCCGCAUGGAGUCAGUCUCAUGGUUGAUGAAAUCGCCCUGGAAGAGAUGGUGGUUCACCUUGGCAAAUACAACAAGAUUGCCGGUCUUUGCUGGAAACAUUCACAUGUUGUUGACCCCGUCCUCUGCACUUAUGACUCUGCCAUCACCAUCGCGCAGAAAAUCCAAGAUGGUGAUGUUCAUCUUGGGAAGGAGCUUACCGUCAUAGGAGUCACAUGCUUUGGAGAGGAUGAACUAUACCCUAUUUUAGCAGCGCCUACCUGCAAGACGGAAGACGCUAGUGAUAUGGAGGGUUUGCUUGCUCGUGCAAUUGGGCGGUGGAAUGCUACUGGAGCAGCUUCAGUUGUUGGACCGGUGUGGUCCUUUGCAACUGACGGGGAUGCUACUCGGUGUGCAGCGGGGCACCGACUUUUCCUUAGGAAUCCUUUGUCCUCAGACUCAGAGCUCUACGGUAUUCUUGGGAACAUGCCUGGCUUGAACACCAUGACAGGUGAUGCCGAGGUAACACUCGAUUUUGACUUUAAGCAUAUCUUCAAACGUUUCUGCACUCUGAUCUGCUCCCCUGCGGGAAUCGUACUCAAUAACGGGUGUAUCAUCAAUUCAAUGAUGCUGGCACGGUACCUCGUUUGGUUACCUGCAUAUGACGAAACAAGCGUCAUCAAACUCCUCCACCCUGACGACCCACAAGAUGUACCCCGUGCAAUUGAGCUUAUGCAGGCCAUAGUCGACUUCUCGAAAUCGCAGCACGCCCUUCUCAAUGAUUCGUUUUUGUCCAAUGUCGAGACACAUGCGGACCUGAUGUCGAUUACACUUCUGAGUCACGUCCUUGAAUCCAUCCUCAUGCCGUUUAUCAAUACCAAGCUCUCCCUAUCCGAACAAGUCCAUCAUCUCAGUUGUUAUUCUCACCUUGCUUUCACCAUCUUCCGUAUUCAUCGACAUUCAUUCAUGCCAUUCCAGCUUUACUACGACACUCAGACAGCUGUCAAGAACGUCAUUUUCAAUAUCGCAAAGCAGCAAGUUCUUGACCGUAACGCAUCAUUCUUCCUUGGGGAUUGUGGAGACGAUCGACUUGAACUCAUGUUCGGUCAGUCGCACAUGAUCGGUGGACAUAAUUCUGGGUGUACGUAUUCCCAGGCCCUUGAUCGUCUCGGUGCAGCAAAGGACAUUGAUGGUGUGUUCAAACGACACCCUGAACUCAAUCCUGGCCAUCAGUGUCUCAGUCUUGGCAAACAUAUCGAAGAUGUUGACCACAUCAAUCGGCAAAUGUGGAGGGGUGACAUCAUUUGCGGUCGCUGUGACCUUCCAUCAGCGUGGCGACAAGGACGUGAAAUCGCGCUUUCUAUUCUUACAUCCUCCCAGAUCGACCCCAUCAAUUAUUCAUUCACUGAACUGUUCCGUGAUCCAGGAACAGACAUACUUCGUCCUCUAGGUAUGAAUAAGUACUUUGGCAUUGCAGAAGAAGAUCCCGAGGACUCUAGCCGUGUCCCCAAUCCCCUUCCUGAUGUCCCUGUGUCUAUGCCCUUGCAGGUCUUGGAGACUAUAAUACCUAAUUCUGAGGCUGGUGAGAUUCAGGGGGUCUAUAUGGGCACUGAAGAGGACGAUGAAGAACCUAUGUUGACUUUUGAAGAAGCCCUUACCGCGGAAUGUGUCUCAGCUGUGCCUGGCACUCCAUCCCACCCCUUUCCGAUAGAUCCUUCUAUCCCUGCUCUCGUUCAAGGUCCUGGCAUUCGCACUGACGACUACCUACUCUACAAAGAUCGUUGGAUACACAAACAGACUAUUUGCCAGCUCGUGAUCAACAAGGAGUUCAUAUCCAAAUCCUUCAACCGACUUGAGCGUGUACAUGGCUAUACCAAGGUCAAUAAGAGGAUCAAUAUGUGUGCCGGGCGCAUCACUGAUCAAAACUUGUUUCUCGUUGGCGACGUAUUCCUCACUAUCCUCCGAUCAGCUCGUACUAUAUCUAUCGCCAUCCUUCGCUCUAUUUUGGUCACUCUUAAUGAUGUUUCCCGGUCAUCGAUUAGCACGACGUUAAUGAAGGCUUCUCGUACUACAGCAAAAGUUACCGGACAGCUUCUCACCCUUGUGCCUACACUUCACCCGGCUCUCAAGAUCCUCUGUCGUUCCUCUGGAAUGGAGGAUACAUCAAAGCUCGGUCCGCUAUCCCAGGAACAACAGAGUCUACGGAACGUAUCCGACAAUUUUUCGGAGAUUCAAGGGGGGCAAAGUACUUGGCAAGUGUCAUAUGGUACCCUUCAAGCGGCAUGCGAGCUCUUGUGGAUGAAGGCAGUCGAAGCAAAAGUACCUCUCAAGUCUAUUGCUUGUAUCACUCCUUCAGAUGCCAAAGAAUUCCCUUACCAACUCUCCGAUGGUACACCUGCUGUUGUCUCUGUCGAAGCAUGUAAUUUGCUUACGGCGUCCGAAGGCAAGCGGAUCACCAUGUGCCCACUCUGUGAAGCGAAGGUUGCCGACAUGCGCUCUCAUAUUGGCCAGCACAUUUUGCAUGCAUUAAGCAACACACCAGAGAAUGUCAGUUUGAAGGAACCGGUUGGCAAUGUGCUUCCUUGCGGUUUUUGCGGCCGCUCUGGACUACCGGGGUGUUCUAUCACCAUCAAAGUCCCUGCCAGCGGCCCUCCAGUCUGGGAGACGAAGUGUAUCUACCAGCACACCUUCAAGUACGGAUUUGCAGAGACAGGUUCCAAGAACAAACCUUGUCGGAAUGUUCCCCUCAAAUGUGCUCUUUGCUACCCUACUCUCCCUCCUGAACCUGGAAAGUCAAUGCGCAGGACGCCAGUCGUAUCCGUCGAUGCUGUCUGGAGGUACAACAUGGUCAACCACAUACUCAAUGAGCAUGAGGAAUACUCAGUGCCCGGGCAUAGAGUGUUGGGUGUCGCCUUGCCGGCGGUGGUCUGGAUGGAUGUCAAGCUGACUGAGCUUGAACAAAGCGCCUCCCGCAUUGCGAAAGAGCGCUGGCAGGUGGGACAGGAGAGUGAUAAGGAGAACAUCCCUGCAUCUGGUUCACGCACACGCAAACGUCCUGCCCUUGAGUCGGCCGCAUCCCUACCUUCGAAAUGA